UAUCAUCAGGAAGUUUAGACAAUCUGAACAAUGGCUUUGGACCUAGUCACUCAGCUAUCCAUGAUAAAGGUGGGGUGCUAACAUACACUUCCUCAUCAUUCAAACCUUGGCUAAUACCAGGCAAGAUUCAAAAUAAAAGCCAGGAGGUGACAGCAAGACCGUGCCUGGGAUGCUGCCAGCCUUUGAGGGUGUGGUAAGAAAGAAGUUCCUGGAGAUAAUACAAUCCUCAAGCAUACAAUGUUCCUGGAACUGCUGGUAGCCCUAUUGUUUUUCGUAUCAGCUGCCAGUGCAGGAGAAGCAGAACGGGUACCUGGAGGGAAAGCGUGCCCCGCUCACUCUCAGCCGUGGCAAGCAGGACUCUUUUCUGGCUUCAAACUAGUUUGUGGAGGGACUCUGAUCCACAAGUCAUGGGUGCUCAGUGCGGCCCACUGUAGAAGGAAAAGUCCUUUCCCUGUGCGUCUCGGAGAGCAUGACCUCAAGCGCUUGGACUGGUCCGAACAGCUGAAGCUAGCCUCCAAAGUCAUUGUGCAUCCAAACUAUGAUCCUCAAACCAAGAACAAUGACAUAAUGCUCGUGAAACUGCUGACUCCUGUCUGCUUGAAUAACAAAGUCAAAAUCCUCAAGUUGCCAACCACCUGCCCUGUCCCUGGGACCGAAUGCCUUAUUUCAGGGUGGGGUACAACAACAAGCCCUGAAGUAAAUUUCCCAGAUGUUCUGCAUUGUGCAAACAUCACCAUUGUCAACUAUGAAGCCUGCCGAUCCAUUUAUCCCAAUUAUAUCAAUGAGAACAUGGUCUGCGCGGGCAAGAUGGAGGGAGGCACAGAUGCUUGCCAGGGUGAUUCAGGAGGACCCCUCGUCUGCAAUGGGCAGCUGCAAGGGAUUGUGUCCUGGGGACCAGUGCUGUGCGGACAGCCAAACAGACCAGGAGUCUAUGUUAAUGUCUGCAAAUAUGUGGACUGGAUUAGAGAAACAAUCAGAUAUAACUGAAGAUCGUUCGGCAGCCCUGAGCAAACGGAAGGGAAGGCAAAAAUACAGAAUCGACUCAACGUCUGUUAUUCCUUUCUGAAACCAGCUUAGGUUGCUUUUAUCACUUCCAUGGUGCUAUCUAAAAUGUGAAA